CAACCGCCAAAAUGUGUGUUUAUGCUCGCCGCGAAAUCGUGCGCAUAGUAUACUGACAUACCUACAGGCUUAUCCCCAAGGCAGACCGCAAGAAGAUCCACGAGUACCUCUUCCGAGAGGGUGUCCUCGUCGCAAAGAAGGAUUACAACCUCCCAAAGCACAACGACAUUGACACCAAGAACCUCUACGUCGUCAAGGCUUGCCAAUCUCUUACCUCCCGAGGCUACGUCAAGACCCAAUUCAGCUGGCAAUACUAUUACUACACUCUCACCCCUGAGGGUCUCGAUUACCUCCGCGAAUGGCUCCAUCUUCCCGCUGAGAUUGUUCCUGCUACCCACAUCAAGCAACAACGAUCCCAUGCUCCUCCUCGUGGCAUGAUGGGUGGUGAGGGUGAACGUGAGCGUAAGCCUUUCGGUGGACGUGGUGGCCGUGGUGGAGAUAGAGAUCGUGGUGACCGUGAGGGAGGUUACCGAAGACGUGAUGCCGGCGGCGAGGGCAAGGAGGGUGCACCAUCUGGAGAGUUCGCUCCUCAAUUGUGAGUUCAUCUUUGACACAUUUUCUAAAAUACUAUUGCUAACUAUACUAGCCGUGGUGGAUUUGGACGUGGACGUGGUGGAGCUGCUCCUCCUUCUUAGUUUGGCAUUUCGUUCUGCUUGCUUUGCAUCCGACAGAAAUACCUUUCACAAAUUC